AUGUUCCGCGCUUCGCUCCGAGCUGUGCCGCGAUCUCUUCCGGCUCGCUCGUACCGGCAGCAGCUCCGUACGGCGACCACGUCGACCGCCCAGCGCCGCUUCGCCGUCUACCAGUCCCAGACGACCAACUCGUUCGUGUACGCCUCGGUGGGACUCGCGGCAUUGCUCGGAUGGACGGCGGCUAUCCUCACGGUUGGCGGACGGGGCAGCAAGCACGGCAAGAAGGACGCGCAUGCGGCGAAGAAGGGCGCCGACGCACCUGUAGCAGAAACGGCGACACCACAGCCUGAUGCGGCGGCGGCACCGUCCGCGGAAGAGGGUCAAGCAGCAUCGCAGUCCGCCGCUUUCAACCCCGAAACUGGCGAGAUCAACUGGGACUGCCCGUGCCUCGGCGGCAUGGCAGACGGACCGUGCGGCGAGGAGUUCAAGGCGGCGUUCUCGUGCUUCGUCUACAGCGAGGCCGAGCCAAAGGGCAUCAACUGCGUCGAGAAGUUCCGGCACAUGCAAGAGUGCUUCCGCAAGCACCCUGACAUCUACGGCGACGAGGACGACGACUUGCACGAGGAGGAGGAGGACUUUGACCUUGUGUCGCGGGCAGAGGCGGCGUUGGCGUUGCCGGACCAACACUUCUUGGAGGAGGCUGCAAAGGAGGCUCCGACACGGAAGGAGGCGGAGGCUGCGUCGACGCUCGAGUAG